GAAGGUCUUACAGGUGCAGAACGACAUGAGGGUGAGUAAUAAAUGACAUUAUUUUCAUUUUUGGGUGAACUAACCCUUUAAUUAUUUGUACAAACAACCAUAAGCAUUACAUUUUACCAAGCAAUUCAUUAUUCCUAUUGAAACAGGAAGCCCAAUGUUGACUUAAUAACGGCCUCACAACCAUCUAACAAGCAACAUGUUAAUUCUUUCUUUAUCUUUCUUUAUUUAUUUAUUUCACACACUUCAUCAUUUUAAAGAAACAAUUAACAAUAAUUAUGAAAAGUUAAUGUGUGUAAAAAGGGGGAAACCCCAGAGAAGCUAUUGAAAGCUUUUAAAAGGGGGCCCAAUACCCAAUCACACCAUACAACAUAUAACAUACAAGAACAAAAGCUCAAUCCAUAAACACAAAUAAAUAUAAGUACAUCAAGACAAGACUACAGCAAACAGACGAUCCCAGCACAAAUAUAACACUUUCAAAAUGAUCAAGAAAUAUAUGUUGAAGGCAGUUUUUCCUUCAGAUUUUUCUUGAAAACAGAGACAGAAUGCAACAAUUUAAGGUUUUCCUCAAGCUCGUUCCAAAUCUGUGGACCUCUACAGACUACACUCAGGCUCGUACAUUUCAAUCGUCUUAUUUUACCAGUAAUUAAAAGUUUUCCCCUUGUGUGAUAUGUAUGCUGGGGUCGGCUAAUUGGAACAAGUUCACACAUCGGCUUGUUAACUAACCAUGUGUUCAAUAUGGCGGCAAGUUUUGCGCAGGCAAGUUCCACUCCAUAUUCUUUAAAAAAUGUAAAAAUCUUGCUCGCAUAAGCUUUAUAACAUUUAUUCCUUUAAAACUACAACUUACUUUAGAUUGACUAGCAUGUAUAAUCUAUAGGUGAUCCUUCUCAUGCACUAGAUAGUACUUAGUACAUAUUAUGGUGAAUUCAGGGUGAUUGGGACACUUUUUGCCAUUGAGAUUAAUAGGAAAAAGUGUCCCAAUCAACCUGAAUUCACCCUACUUAGUGACUAAAUGGCGAGUAAUUGAAAAUAUAGUAUACUAGUCGUCACUUCUGAUAUUAUUAGUAUCUAGUUACUAGUUACGAUUGGAUUUGUAUUAGGACCAUAAAAAUGAUAGUAGUUAAAGAAAUAAAUGUUAAAACCUAUUCUCGUCUGAAUGUGGUGUGAAAACAUUAUGAAUCCCAGUCAGCGAAACAGGAUCAAAUCAGUUCCAGUUGACGGGGAUUCAACUAAUGCUAUUUUAAGAAACCCUUAAUAACGCGAUUAACUCGGAUUUGCAGGUGAUCCUCUUGGCACUUUCUGUCAUCAUGUGUUUGUCAUUACAAACGAGUGCAGAGAAGUCGUAUAUGUAGCCUAAUUAUGUAGGUUUACUCAUCUUUUAUAAGUCUUUUCCCGCCGUAACUAAAUGAUUUUGAAUUUGAGACUAAUGUUCUUUUCAUUCUGCACACUCACCGGCCUGUUCUCUAAUUGGCUGCUGUAGGAGAAAACGAAAAUGAUUGGUCGAAAAUGUCCCUAUGUACAGUACUGACGUACAGCACCUCACAUUGACACUGACACUGACACUGUGAAGCACGUGAAGCUGCCGAGCUGCCAUCUAACUCGUUUCUGCACUGAAGGGGAAAUGCAGCUUCAUCAACACUUUUAAAGAACUUUGAAUUCAUAUCAGAGAGGAGGUUUCCAUCAUUUGCAAUGCCGAUACGUGACACGUGGCAGGACGGCAAUGGCCUUGACACAGUGGGUGAGAUUGACAGUAAUGGCAGCUGUGACAGUGUGGUCAGCUUCAACUCAUGCUUUAGUGAUGAAAGUCUGGAGUAUCUCUCUGCUGAGGAGAAGGCAUGUCUCAUGUACCUAGAGGAGACCAUUCAGUCACUGGAUAUGGAGGAUGACAGUGGCCUGUCCAAUGACGAGUCUGAUCAGCUGCCAGCUCGAGGAAAUGUGGCUAACAAAGCGGCCCACCUCUCUGGACUCAACAAGGUCCCUAGUCAAGAUGUGCCCAAAAGCCAAUUUGAAGGUCCGUUGUCAUCUAGCAGCUUGGUGCAAAAUGAAAUUCUGAAUUAUAUGGUCCCUACUCCAUUUGUCCUUGCGCACCGUAACUCGCAAAUUCAAACCAGACCUGGAUUAGCUGCAUCCCAGAAAAAAACAGCACCUAAAGUGGCUUCAAAAAAUGCUCAGCUCCAUCAAGAAGCUCCUCGAGUUCCCUCAGAGGUCAAUGUGGUUGUGAUACCACCUCCGCAUAAAAUCAAAGGCAGUAAAGAUACAGCGGAAGAACAACAGAAUAAUGAGCGGCCAGAGAAUGUGGCGAGUCGAGGACCCCUUUCGUAUGAGGCUCUGGUGCAUCUGCGCAAGAGUGCAUCAAUGCGGAAAACCAAUGCAACUGAAGCCAAAACCCAAGAACAGCAGGUUUCUACAAAUAACGAUCUUGUGGGAACCAACUCUGGAUCCCAAAUUCUUACCCAGAACUCGCAGGCUGUGACCAGUAGGGGCUCCAAGCCCACUCCUCCACCUGUGGCCCCUAAACCUAAAAUGAAAACCCCACACAAAGUCCCAAUGAACCAGGAAGAAGCCUCCAACCCCAAGACUGACUCGACCAUGCCUUGCUCCGGGGAAGUGACUGUAGAUAAAUUGAUGAAGCCAGAGAAAGUAAGAGUGGAGGCUCUUUGCAAGUUAGGUCUCCUCAAGGAGGAUACACAGAACCCAGUCCGUCAACAACUAAAGCACAUGCCGCAUGCCGAUAUGACUUCAACCGGGAAAUCUGCCAUGCUGGAACUCACUGGGACGGGACAUUCAGGUUCAAACAACACAGUCAUAAAUGCAGUUUCUCAGAACCAAAAGUCAUGUUCUUCUGCAGCAGGGACCAAGAACCACGUUAAAGACUCUCAAAUGGAUGUUAAUGAAUCGACACCCAGGAAAGUGCCGUUGCAUGUAACAUCAUCUCAAUCCAAAGGCUUCAACGUGCCAGUUCCCAGCAUCGGAAGGGAUCGGAGAGAGGCAUUACGAAAGCUAGGACUGCUGAAAAACUGAGAUUUUAUGCUCUCUAGUAUUUAAAGACAGCAUGAAACUGAAGUUGUGAUAGUCUUCUCUUUUCUAUUGUGAGUGAAACGCUUCUCAAACAAGAAAAAAUGUUGGGCGGGACUUGAUUUUGUCCAUUGGGAAUUGAUUGGAUUGUUGUGGUUUGCUAUUGCUGCGAUCUAGUGUGACAGGCACUUUCAAAACAUUGCUGUUUGUGUGAACAUCCCGACCAACAUAGCAACAUCAGCUCAACCAUUGUCGUGAGUUUUGGCGUUUGACGGACCAAUGGUCAUUAUUUUUUAAAUUCCGUUUGGUAGCACUAGUGACACAGAAAUUGCACUCUUCAAUUUUUAGCAAUUCAAAGUAACACAGUGUGGUACUUUUAGUUGAUUAUUUACUGAAUCUAAAUAGUGAUGAAAGGUGCGGUCACGUUAGCAAAAUUUCUGUGAGAUCUUGUGGGCAAAAAAGAUCUAUUGUCAAUAGUGUUCAAUGUAUAAAGCAAAGCUCACACAGAAGUCACUUUCAAACCAAGCAGCUUUUUCACCAACUCCCGAUCACACUUAUUCUUAUUGAAAUGAUUAGAUUUCGCUUGAGAAAUUUCGCAGAGCAAUGGUAAAUGUGACCGUACCUUAACACCCAGAUGCCUUUGCUUAUUCAGCACUGAAGAUUAAGAUGAAACAGUAUGUUUACUUUUCCAGGUGAACUUAAGUAUAUUUAAUUUUGAACUGGCUGUAAGUAGAUUAGCCUUGAAUUACUCUUUGAUCUUGCUAUUGAAAGUGUGCUCCAAAUCUGUCUGUAUGAAUAACAAAUCAGUUUUUUUUUUUUCAAAUACAAUGGAGUAUGUCUGCUGCACCAGAGACUCUUGAACCCCGUCUCCCAAAGAUCAGCUAUCAGUCAAACUCCUCAUUUUACACGCCGGUCAGUGAGAUCUGACACAGCACUUUGGUGAAUUAGUGCAUUAUCUUAGGUUGCAACCAACAGACUGGUGUUCAUGUUACCUGGCCUCUCAGAUUCAUCUGUCAUUAAAGUUCUUUAUCUCGGAAUGUGACCUAUUCAUGACUUACACUGAGAAUGGUUCCUUCUGUUUGUAUUGACUCAGUUAACAGUUGCCCUUUCACGGUGGUAUCUCUAACUGAAUCCGCACCACAAUGCACACGGAAAGCAGCAAUAAAUUAUGACAAUGUUUAACCACAGAACACACAUUAAUAAAGUAAUAAUUCAGGAUAAAA